CUUCACGCGCUUCUCGAAGCUGCAGGGCGCAUCAACUACCACGUAAUCGCCUUGCAGGAAACAAAGUCUAGGAAGACGGACAGGCAGUUGAGUGAUGGCACACUUAUCAUUCGUGGUAAAAAAGUUCAAUCACGGAACGUUGGAGGCGUUGGACUUGUCGUACACCCAUCUGUUGUCCAUCUUGUCAAUUCGCAUGAGAUCCUAUUACCUCGCCUGGCGUGGAUGACUUCAAUGCGAAAAUCGGGAUGCCAGAAGAAGGGGUACACAGGAUUGGGAGAUUUGCACCUCCGAAAUGAGAACAGUAACCGUCUUGUUGGGCUCUUAUCCACCGCACGACUUUUUCGUGGCAACUCCAUCUUCAUGAAGAAAGAACACCGGCAGUGGACGUGGGAGUCACCUAACGAUACGACUCAUGCAGAGAUCGACAACAUUCUCACCAACCGAAGGUGGUGCUUACGGACGCCUCAGUUGUACCAUCCUUCAGUGGUAGCUCAGAACACCGCCUCCUUCGAGCAAAAUUGCGAUUCAGCCGAAAGCUGA